AGGCUAAUCAGCAAGGAGCCAGCUGAGCCACAGCGUGGACACACUCCCAGGCUGCCGCUGUGGCCCCAGCCCCGCCCACCCGACAGGAUGAGCAGCUCAGAUGCGGGGCUGGAGGAGGAGCCAGAGCUUAGCAUCACCCUCACGCUGCGGAUGCUGAUGCAUGGGAAGGAAGUGGGCAGCAUCAUUGGGAAGAAGGGAGAGACUGUAAAGCGAAUCCGGGAGCAGAGCAGUGCCCGGAUCACCAUCUCCGAGGGCUCCUGCCCUGAGCGAAUCACAACCAUCACCGGCUCGACAGCUGCUGUCUUCCACGCGGUCUCCAUGAUUGCCUUCAAGCUGGAUGAGGACCUUUGUGCUGCUCCUGCAAAUGGUGGCAGUGUCUCCAGGCCUCCAGUGACCUUGCGCCUCGUCAUCCCUGCCAGCCAGUGUGGAUCACUGAUUGGGAAGGCAGGCACAAAAAUCAAGGAGAUCCGAGAGACUACAGGGGCCCAGGUGCAGGUGGCAGGGGACCUGCUACCUAAUUCCACAGAGCGUGCCGUCACCGUGUCUGGGGUGCCUGAUGCCAUCAUCCUGUGUGUGCGCCAGAUCUGUGCUGUUAUCCUGGAGUCCCCACCCAAAGGAGCCACUAUCCCAUAUCAUCCAAGCCUCUCCCUAGGUACUGUCCUCCUCUCUGCGAACCAGGGUUUCUCUGUCCAGGGUCAGUAUGGAGCAGUGACCCCUGCAGAAGUCACCAAGCUCCAGCAGCUCUCAGGCCAUGCAAUUCCCUUUGCCUCUCCCAGUGUGGUGCCAGGACUGGAUCCCAGCACACAGACCAGCUCGCAGGAGUUCCUGGUUCCCAAUGAUCUGAUUGGCUGUGUGAUCGGACGCCAGGGCAGCAAGAUCAGUGAGAUCCGCCAGAUGUCAGGGGCACAUAUUAAGAUUGGGAACCAAGCAGAGGGUGCUGGGGAACGGCAUGUGACCAUCACCGGCUCACCGGUCUCCAUUGCCCUGGCUCAGUACCUCAUCACUGCCUGUCUAGAGACGGCCAAGUCUACCUCUGGGGGGACGCCUGGCUCAGCCCCCGCAGACCUGCCCACCCCUUUCUCGCCACCCCUGACGGCCCUGCCCACAGCUCCCCCGGGCCUGCUGGGCACGCCUUGUGCCAUCUCCCUCUCCAGCUUCAUCGGCCUCAAGCCUGUGCCCUUCUUGGCUCUGCCACCUGCUUCCCCAGGGCCACCGCCGGGCUUGGCGGCCUACACUGCCAAGAUGGCAGCGGCCAAUGGGAGCAAGAAAGCUGAACGGCAGAAAUUCUCCCCCUACUGAGGCCGGCUGAGGCACAGGCGGGGGCAGGCAGGACCGCCAGCAGGGGCUGCCUCCACAUCCUUCCUGCCCAAGGAGACUCCACCAUGGGGUCUUAAGCGCCAGUAAUGCCAGACGCAUGGAUGCACCCCCUCACCCUGCCCCGUCUUUGGAGUUUCCUCCUCAGAGAGGGGACAGUUUCUGGCCCAGGGUUCUAGGAGCUAUGGCAGUCCCAGGGCAGGGCUCCACCCCUUCAGACCUAUGCUUGGACGCAGGGCAAGGCUGGGGCUUCCUCAGUGCUCUGCCAUGGGGGGGCCACUCGUGUCCUUUCCAUCCCUUUGGGCUUUCUGCCUGCUGCCCCAGUGGGAAUUGGAGGAGAGUGAGGGGUGGCUGGGGCCAAGCUUCUCUCCAUCCCUUGCAGAUCCUGCUGCUUUACCCUUUUGACUGGAAUAGACUGGCUGGGCUUGUCAGGGGGCAACCCAAAGAAAGGGCUCUGCCUGUAGCCGGGGGAGUGGCCUGGGGGCAGGGGCCUGGUUCUCAGCAGCAGACACUCUGUACAGUUUUUCAAUCCCUGUUUUUGAAUAAAUAUUCUCAGCGACCAGAAAACCGUGAAAUAAUACUGGUGUUGGGGUGACAAAAGUGCUGGCGGGAAGGGUGUAGCCGAAACCCCAAAGAGCCCCAGUCUGUGAAUCCACCAGCCCUAGUCCUCAUGGCAGCUCUGGGGUGAAAUCACAGGACCCUUUGGAGGACACGUGUUAGUCUCUAGCCUUUAGCACCAAGCCAGUCGGGCUGCUUUGUGAGGAGCCUGCAUGAUGACUGUCCAGCUUCUCCAUGGCACAGAUGGCAGGGAAAUCUUCUGCAUGUCUCUCCAGAGUCGUCCUGAUGUGCUGUGACCCAGACCCUGUCCAGCUUGGCUCAUCCUUUUGGCCGUGAGCUCGUAGGACCCUCUUCUCUGUGACCAUGUCUGCCUUUUCCCUAUCUGGACCAGGGAGGGGUCCUUAGGAGAUGAAGGCACAGGGUACAGAUGGGAAAACUGAGCCCAAGGAAAGGUAGGAUUGAGUACAAGACCACACAGGUAGUGCUGGGCCCAGAAUCAGG